AUGAAAGCCUCAUGGUUGGAAGAUCAUCCUGACGUGGUGAGACUCCUGGCACCCUGUGAAGACCAGCUCCAGCAGUUGUUGGAGCUUUGCGAGGGCAUCGAAGGAGCAGGCUUCUCACUUCCUGAAGCUUUGGAGGGGAAGAACUGCUGCCAUUCCCUACGAUGCUUAAUCGCCAACAUGCAAGUGUGGGGUGCCGUGGGCAACCCUCGAGCAGAGGGCUCUGAUUUCGCCCUUCUCACCUUGGGCCAGGAGAUUCCACGGAGUUACUUGGAGAUUGACCAAUUUCUCUCGAAAGACGAUGUGAGCGCUCACUACGUCAGUGCCUCUCGCAUGGAAGAGUUGAUGAAGACGCUGCAUCCGGAGAGCUUGGCUCAAUAUCAUCGCCAGCUGGCACGGAUGCGCGUCACUGUGGUUUGGCGGGAGUUCCGCCGCCGACAGAGCUUACUCCAGGGCGCCCUAGGAAAUCUCCAGGUGCCACCAGGCGAUCUAGCUCAGCAGGACUUGGAUCGUUUGGUGCGGACAGUGCUUUUACACCUGGAUGAGAUCGGCAGCUUUGUGGCUUUGCUGGCAAGCUUCUUCAAGUCCGUUGAUUUAGCCAGCUCUGUGGACGACAGCUUGGUCGGACACGAAGCACGGCCAGUGAUUGACAGAUCGCAAGCUGGCUAUGCGAUGCACGUGGACUGUGGCCACAAUGGACCGUUGGACGAGGUGGAUCUUCGACAGCUGGAGCUCCAUUUACGUGUGGCCAACUUCGGUCGCUUAGCCGUGUGA